CCUGGAGCUUCGUGCUGCCUGGUUCGUGGGUCGGACCGCGUCCCGGGCCGCCGCUCCGGUGCCGGGUUUUACAGCGGCCUCUGCCUGUGUGUGGCAGCAGCGCAGCUCGAAAGCAGGGGAAGCAGAAACACUAUGGCUGCCAGUCUGUCUCUCACUCAGCUCUCCAGUGGAAACCCGAUCUAUGACAAAUACUAUCGACAGGUUGAUCCGACUGGCAGUGGGUGGGUGGCAGCGGCUGAUGCAGCUCUCUUCCUGAAGAGGUCAGGCUUGGCUGACCUGGUCCUGGGCAAGAUUUGGGAUUUGUCAGACUCUGAGCGAAAGGGUUCUCUCAACAAACAGCAAUUCUUCAUAGCGUUGCGGUUGGUAGCGUGUGCUCAGAAUGGCCUGGAGGUGGCGCUCAAGAGUCUCAACGUGGCUGUUCCUCCACCCAAAUUUCAUGAUACAAGCAGCCCACUGUUAGCAGGAGGAGUGCCUGUUGACGUACCCUGGGUUGUCAAGCCUGAGGAAAAGAUGAAAUUUGAUUCCAUCUUUGACAGUCUGGGUCCAGUAGGAGGAAUGCUAACAGGAGACAAGGUCAAGCCCGUCCUGCUCAACUCGAAGCUGCCAGUGGACAUCCUUGGCAGGGUGUGGGAGCUCAGUGAUCUUGACAGAGAUGGCAUGUUGGACAGAGAUGAAUUUUCUGUGGCCAUGUAUCUGGUCUACCGAGCUCUGGAGGGGGAGCCUGUCCCCAUGUCCCUACCACCUCCCCUGAUUCCACCCUCCAAAAGGAAAAAACCCUCAGUGCCUCCCGUGAUGCCCCUGUUACCCUCGCCCCCGUCCGCCAAAGACAGCCGCUCCUCCCACGCCGGCUCUAAGACCAUGCUCCACCCCCCUAAACCUGUCCCAGCUCCCGCACCACCUCCCGCCCCAGCACCAGCACCAGUACCAGUCCCAGCACCAGCAGCUGCCCCUUGGGUGGUGUCGCCACCAGACAAAGCUAAGUAUGAUGAGCUGUUCAACAAGACGGAUGGAGACAUGGACGGGCUGGUGUCUGGUCCAGAAGUCAGAGAUAUCUUCCUCAAGACUGGGCUGCCCUCUGCCACACUCGCACGGAUCUGGGAGCUCUGUGACAUUGGCGACGUAGGGAAACUGACCCGAGAGCAGUUUGCUCUGGCUCUUCAUCUUAUCAAUCAGAAGCUGACCAAAGGCCUGGACCCUCCUCAGAGCCUUUCUCCAGAGAUGAUUCCUCCAUCAGACAGACAAAACCUAAAACAGAACAACAUGGUCAACCUUGCAGCUGACUUCUCUGCCAUCAAGGAGCUGGACUCUCUCAGUAAUGAGAUUGUUGAGUUACAAAGGGAGAAGAGCUCUGUGGAAGAGGAGAUCAAGGAAAAGGAGGAGGCCAUCAGAGAGCGCAACAGUGAAGUGCAGGACUUACAAGAUGAGGUAGCGAAGGAGAGCGAGGAGCUGCAGCGACUCCAGUCUCAGCGACUUAAAGUCCAGGAGGCCUUGGAAGAACUGGAUCAGCAGAAAAGCUCCCUAGAGGAGCAGCUGACUCACAUCCGCCAACAGACCAGCCAAGAGACCCAGCUGAUCUCAUCGCUGCAGACAGAGCAUGAGGAACAAGAACACAGAAUAUGUCAGUUUGAGGAGGAGCUGGUCCAGGCCCGGGAGGAGCUCCUCGCUUUACAGGAGGAAAGCAGGAGGCUGCAAGAGAAAGUCCAGGCUGCUCAGGAGCAGCUCACGCCUCUGCAGGAGUCUGUGCGAGACUCCUUCACACAGGUUGCACAGGUUCAACAGAAACUGGACGACCUUCGCGUGGAGGAACGGUCAGUGACUGCACAGCUCAGCUGGAAGCGAGCCCUUGAGGACAGCUCGCCUGUCAUGGUUAAUGGAUCAGCAGGACCCACAGCAGAGAUGCAUCUGGUGGACCCCUUCCAGCAGGACCUCUUCCAGGAUGAACGGCCUAAAGAACUGAUCGAGGAGGAACCAGCCGCUGUCUGCGUUCUUCAGAGAGAACAGUCGGAUCGGAAAGAGAAAGGAGAGAAUGAUAGGGAGGACAGAGAAGAGGAGGAGGAGGAGAGUCCACAUCUAGACGAAGAAAAGCAGAAACCUGAUGCGUUGGAUGAUCUCUAUACUAGUUUGGCUUCCUCUGAUAUAUACAAUAGCCUGUCAGUGCUGACCAAGCCACAGGAGAACACUGUUAGGGAACAAAAUAGCCCAGCGCUCGACACCUCGUCUGAAGUGGCAGAUGAUUCGGAGGAAUCGUUUAAAGAGAGCCCGUUGAAGGUUGCAUCGCCGGAGCUAGAGAGAAGACAUGAGCCGUUGGAGUCCCCAGAGGCAGCGGCUUCCUCAUUACCACCUCAAGUGGGCCCUCGCACAAAGCCUCCGCAGACCAGCCCCCCCUCGCUGCCUGAGAUGGAUUUCUUUCACCCAGACCCCUUUACUGACCAUGAUCCAUUCAAAGAUGAUCCCUUUGGAAAAGCACAUGUUGCAGAUCCCUUCGGAGGAGACCCGUUCAAAGGGACAGAUCCCUUUGCAUCAGACUCUUUUUUCUCACACCCCUCCGGCGCCCACUUUUCCUCCGAGGACCCGUUCUCUGCCUCGGCUGACCCGUUUGGUACUACUCCUGGCGUGCCGGAACCAGACCUGUUCGCAGCCAAACUGAACGAUGCAGCAGCUGUAACGGCAGCAGAUCCCGACCCCUUUGUGUCGAAACCAGCCAAUCCAGUUUCAGGAGCUAAGGAUCCGUUCAGCUCCGCGGGGAGCAACGUGGACGAGGCUGAUCCAUUCAGAGGCAAAGUGAACGCCACAGCAGACGGCGCUGAUCCUUUUGGUUCUCAUGACGGAGGCGCAGAUCCAUUCAGCUCCUCCUCGCCAAGUUCUGAUCUGCCAGUGAAGGACACCGCUGUGGCCAAUGAUCCAUUUGCUCCAGGUGGUACUGCAGUGAGCACCAGCUCAGAUUCAGAUCCAUUUGCUGCUGUGUUCGGUAAUGAGUCGUUUGGAGGGGGCUUCGCAGAUUUCAGUUCCUUGGCGAAGUCGAGCGGUACUGAUCAGUUCGGCAUCAAUAAUAAGAACAUUUUCCAGGACGACAGUCCGUCUGCAGAUGUGCCCCCUGCACUGCCCCCAAAGACGGGCACACCGACUAGACCCCCUCCACCUCCUCCAGGUAAGAGAACGUCCCUGUCCAGAACAGAGUCCUCUGACUCCUUCCAUCGACGAGGGCACAUGCUCCCACAUGCUCCAGGAGACUUCUCCUCCUCCUCCUCCUCUUCCUCCCUGCCUGCCAAGGAUCCUAUAGCCGACCCCUUCGCCCCCUCCUCCCCUCCUCGCCACAACAUACGGGAAGCUGACGGAUUUGCCAGCUUUGACAAAUAUCCAACAGAGGAAGAUAUGAUAGAGUGGGCAAAGCGCGAGAGCGAGCGAGAGGAAAAGGAGCGACUUGCCAGGCUCACGCAGCAGGAGCAAGAGGACCUGGAGCUGGCCAUCGCUCUCAGCAAGUCUGAACUGUCCUGAGCAGUCAGCCCCCCCUCCCCCGUCUCCUCCACUGGCCCGGUCCAGCCUAGGAAGCACCAAAGCAAAGUGGGGACUGUACAGGACUGAUUCAGCAGCACCUGCUGACCCCAUAAAGACUUUCUUAGAACAAGCCUACAGUAUCUGAAUCUCUCCCCAGACGGUGAUCGCUGUUCACGUGUCCCAUUCUGUCGGUCUCUGUGGUUUAGUUUAAGGACGAGGACCAAGAUGAAGUGUUUGUUCUAAAAACAUAAAAAGAAAUGCAGUGAAUAUGAAUUUAGAGAGUGUUCAAACCGUUGUGCUACCAAGGCUGCCAUGUUAACUCCUCGAAAUGUAAUUUAUUUAACAGGUUAAGUUCCUCUGUUUAGCCACUAACCAAACACACUACACCUCCAUACAUGUCACAUCUCCGUGUUCACGCUCUUUUUAGUUUCUGCCAGAAACGGAAAACUGAGGUUUUGGAACAGAAUCUGAGCUUGCACCUUUUAAUAUAGUACUACUCAGAUACAUUGUGUACUUUCCAGCCUCUACGCUGCCCGUCAGAUUUAUUUUUUUUUUCAUUUCAGGACAAGAAAACCAAUUUCAUUUUUUUUCCACUUGUUGCAUGUUAUGUGACAGACCCCGUACAGCUGCCACGUUCCGACUCCAGAUGCUCAUUUCUACCAAAUGUUCUUUGUUCGUAUAGGUUUUAACCCUUGAAGGAACAAACGUUAUAAAUGUUUAGCGUUAAUUAGCAUUAAUUUGAGACACAAUAAAGUCAACUGCAAAAAUAAAACAUUUUAAAGAUUGUAAAGUUGAACAAAUGAAGACAAUGCAGCUCUAAAAGGAUUGUUCUGUUGCCUUGAUGCUUAUUCUGUUAACUUUGCUGGUUUAAGGCUUUGUUGCUAAAAUGUGACAUUAGCCUCAAUGAGUUCAGAUAAUAAAUGUGAGCUGAACAGUAGCUAAGCCCCCUUGACGGCUCUGUUUGCCUGACUGUUCAUCCAGACUGAACCACAUCCUCCUGACAGCGUCCAGAGAGAUCAGACACGGCUGCAUGAUGUCCGGUGACGCUUCAGUCGCACAGAUCUCUCUUUUUUUUCCUUGAAACUGCACUAAAAGGCUCCUGACGCCACAGACGGUGCUGCAGGUCUCAGGUGCCGCCGCCGGUGCUGCGUUGCUUGUGUUUCUGUGGACAAUGUUGCUCCUGUGAAGGGUUUGUGUGUCUGCGUUUUCCAUGCGGCCACUUGAGGCUCCGUGCGUAUUUAACUUGCAAAGCAUCUGCUCGUGUUGUGACACAUGCUCCCGUUGUCACUGUGUGUGUGGUGGAGGAGCUGGAGGCCUAAUGUCUGACUAAACGGUGCAGGUCCAGGUCUAAUCCGGGUUCUGACCCUUUGUGGUGGUUUUGGCCGAGCAGCACUGGGACGUUUCCUUCAGAACAGGCGUCGUCUCGCUGCUCUUCACCUCAGCAGCUCAGUCUUCUCGUCAUCCUACACUUUUCCUUUUUUGAAGGUCAUGCAUUUAGGUCCUUGAAUUUGAAAGCUUAAGAACCACUCUUUAAAAUCGCAAGCUAAUUGUAUUGUAUUUUGUAUUUUCUAACAUGUAAUAAAGAUGAAUACUGGGAGCUUGGUCAGAGAACAUGUAAUGCAUUCAGUUGUACCAGAAUAAAUACUAAACUUGUA